CGGGGCUCCGGCUGCCCCCCCGCCCCGGGCCGGAGCAGGCCCCGCCGCCGUUGCUAAGGCGGGGCUCCGCGUUGCUAGGGGGCGUGGUCUACCCCUGCUCGCCUCUCGCGAGAUUUACCCGCCCGUUGCCUGGAGACCGCGGCGUCAGCGGCAGCCGCCAUGGUGUGCCUAGGGGUUCACUGCAGGGCUGAGCUGGCAGCGGCAGAGCAUGAGCUACCGGUGUCCUGGGGGGUCUCGGAGGCUCCUCUCCAGGGACCGUCACUCUUCUUAUCCUGCCUCUGCCAUGAGAGCAGGCACCUAAAAAGAAGGCAGACAAGAAGGCAGACAAGAAGGCAGACAAGAAGGCAGACAAGAAGGCAGACAAGAAGGCAGACAAGAAGGCAGACAACAAAGCGAAAGGGAGCAAAGCUCCAGCAGUGGUGGAUGGCUUGUCCCCAGUGGAGAUGAGCAAGGAGCAGCUGCAGAAGCAUGUUGUACGCCUCCGGGAGGAGCUGGACCGGGAACGGGAAGAGCGCAACUAUUACCAGCUAGAGCGUGACAAGAUUCACACCUUCUGGGAGAUCACCCGCCAGCAGCUGGAGGAGAAGCGAGCAGAGCUGCGGAACAAGGACCGGGAAAUGGAGGAGGCAGAGGAGCGGCAUCAAGUGGAGAUCAAGGUUUACAAGCAGAAGGUGAAGCACUUGUUGUACGAACACCAGGAAAACCUCACCGAGGUGAAGGUGGAGCGCACUCUGUCCAUGAAGCAGGCCCAGAAUGAUCACUGGGCCCAGGAAAUAGAGCUGCGGAAAGACAUGGGCUCCUUGAGAGUGGAGCUGAAGGAGCAGGAGCUGGCACAUGAGGUGGUGGUGAAAAACCUGUGUCUGAAACAAAAGGAGGAGAUCACCCGGCUGUGCAACGUCUUUGAGGGACAAGUGAAAGAGAUUGAGGCCAAGUACACCAAGAAGAUGCAAAUGCUGCGGGAUGAGCUUGAAUUGCGGAGGAAGACUGAGAUCCACAACGUGGAGGAGAGGAAGAACAACCACAUCAGCGAGCUGAUGAGGAACCAUGAGAAAGCCUUCAGUGACAUCAAGAACUACUACAGUGAUACCACCACCAAAAACCUGGCCUUCAUCAGCUUGCUGAAGGAGCAGAUGGAGGAGGUGAAGAAGAGAGAGAAUCACUUGGAAAAGGAGAAUACAAACAUGCUGCUCCAGAACAACAAGCAGAAGGAGUCCCUACGGCAGGUCCAGGAACAGGUGUCUGAGCUGCAGAAGAAGUUGACCCACUAUGACAAGGACAAGGCAGCCCUGAUGAACACAAAAGCCCUUCUGAAAGUCACCCAGAAGGAACUGAAGGAUCUUCGGUGGGAACACGAAGUACUGGAGCAGAGGUUUGUUAAGGUGCAGGCGGAGCGAGAUGAGCUCUACCAGAAGUUCACCAAAGCCAUUAACGAAGUGCAGCAGAAAACAGGGUUCAAGAACCUGCUCCUGGAGCGCAAGCUGAAAGGACUCCUCAGCGUCCUGGAGAAAAAGGAGGUGGAGCUCAGCGAGGUCCUUGCAGCCUCCAGCCUCGACCCAAGCGCAAUCUCCUUGGUCUCGCACAAGCUGGAGGACAUGCUCAAUUCCAAGAACUCCACCAUCAAGGACCUGCAGUUCCAGCUGGCCCGAGCCUGUAAGGCACACAAUGACAUGCUGCAGACGUUUGAGGCAAAGCUGACAGCCUUUGGCAUCCCCCUGGACAACCUGGGCUUCAAGCCCCUGGUGAGCCCCGUGGCGGGGCAGGUGCUGGGGCAGGGCCCUGCAGGACUCGUUGCUGUGCCCACCUGACCCCAGCCCCCACCGAGGGACCACUGUGCCAUGCAGGGAGCGGGGCCGUGCCCCCUCGUGCUCUGACAGACCCCAGCGAGCCUUCUGCAGGACCCAGAGGACCCUCUCUCCCCUCCCCAAGGGGGGUGUUUCCACCAGAGCAGCCCCCUGCUCCUGCUGCGGGAGAUGCCAGCUGCAGGCAGCCGCCAGCCGGGGUGGCUCUGACCAAGUGAUGCCCGCAUGGCCCAGGAUCACGGCACAGCUGGGGGGCUCCUGGCAUCCCACACACCAGACUGGGUGGAGCAGGGGGCCCAUGUAGGGCCCCCCCAGGCUCCUGAACUGGCCUCCCUGGCUGUGCUGCCCCUCGGUCUCCCCUCCUCUCCCCGCCCCCUCUGAGAAGCCAUUUGUGUACUGCCUCCGGGAAGGUGAUUUUUUUUCUUU